CCAUUUCAAAGAUUUGUGCAGUCAGGCCGUGUGGCCUAUGUGAGCGAUGGACCUUACCAAGGCAAAUUGGUCACCAUCGUUGAUAUUAUUGAUCAGAAUCGGGUUCUGGUCGAUGGCCCAUCAACAGGUGUACCUCGUUGUGAAAUGAGGCUCAACGAGCUUCACUUGACGAAAUUCCGCUUACGUUUCCCGUUCUCUGGAUCCACUCGUGUCGUACGUAAAGUAUGGGAAACAGCUAAUAUCAAUGAAUUGUGGAAGCAAACAAUGUGGUCCAGAAAGGUUGAAGCUAAAAAGAAGCGUGCGGCACUUUGUGAUUUUGAUCGUUUCAAGCUGCGUAAAGCAAGGCAGAUAAGGAACAAAUUGCGGACAGACGCGUUUUUCAGAUUAAAAAAGAAAACCAAGAAGGUUAAAACUGGCGAUGCAGCAAAGAAGAGCACGAAAAAAGCUGCGAAAAAGUAAUAAUACUUUUUGAAUUAAAUACAAAAUUAUUUUACAAA